CUCAAGCGCCGUCAACAGCAUCGUAAUCACCUCGACUGAAUUUUCCUCGAUGGUCUACAUCUCUGAGGUUGAGCACCUCUUCCCCUUCGUCGAGCCAACGCACCAGAUAUACGACCGGAUGUUCAUGCUUCAGGAUUGCCUACCGACGGUCGCGCGCCAGCUCUCCGAAGCAACGACGGACAUGUCCGUGCACGGAGCGCUCAUAGAUGCCAUCUACAAGCUUCGUGAUUGCGCGACCGCUGUGGCGCACGCGAUGAGCGCUCUCUCCGACUUCACGAGGGCAAUUUCAAGUUUCUUUGAGGAUGUGGAAUCCGAGCUCGAUCUACAAAUCGUGGAGAUCGCUAAACACUAUGAGGCAUUCUUGGACUGCCUCGAAAAUGUACUGAACUUGACCAGCCGAUGCGAUGACGCUUUGGUGAAGGCGGAGGCCGUCAUGGUUCAUGCACUUUCCUACCACCCAUCUAUCGUUGAUUAUGUCUUGGUAAAAUACCUCUUUCCCUUCAUCGCGCGGCACUGGAUAAUCGACCUUUCACCGCGCGCUAUCAUGCUGACCGCCGGACGCUCCACCCUGGGCGACGUGCGGCUGACCGUCUUCGAAAUCGCCGACCUCAUGCGCCUUCUCAGGACUUACGCUUCGGAGUCCCGCGCCCACUUCCGGCUUGAUGUUCUCGUUGGUAUACGGGCGCAGCCUAAGGACACGCGCACAGCGCUCAGUUCCGCCCUCGAUGCGGUCACCAGAGACUUGCGUGGGGGCGUUCAUGCCAUGGAAUCUGCAGAACAGAGGAUAGGCUACGGAAUCCUUCUUCUCGGUCCUGACUGAUGAGAUUCACCUUAUUGAGUUCCAAUCGCCAUAUAUGUCUAUGUCCACUGUUCUACAACCUCGAUGGCUCAUGACUAGCUGCAAGCGACAACUUAGAUGGAUGUGCUCAGGCUAUUGUCGAAGUAUACAUAUUGGACAUGUACUGGCGUCUGAGCUUUGUGUAUGACAUGGCCUAUCGGCUGUCCGAUAUUUACCACUACGAUAGCAACGCAUUCGCCGUAAGCGCUUCACUAACGUACGGCGCUUUGCUCUCGGACUUAGCGACUCGGAAUACGCGCUCGCGCAGCUUUCAGGCCUCAUGUUCACUCGAUGAUCCAGGGUGCCUCCAUCCAGGCAUGCUAUAUUGAUAUUAUACAAAACAAGCGUCCACAGCCUU